GGUACCCAGAACCUUCUGGCUCAGUCCGGCGCCGCCGCCGCCGUCGCUACCAUGGCCUCCUCCACCUCCGACAUCGAGGCCGCUCUCAGGAGGCUGGCGAAGGAGAAGGACCUGCUGGGAGGUAAAAACGCAAAAGGGGAAACCGUGCUUCACUUGGCCGCGAGCCAGGGCUGCGUGGGGAGCUGCCGGUUCCCGGUGGAGGAACUGGGCUUUAAUGUCAAUUGUGUGUCGAAUACUGGUGUGACACCAAUGCUCUUCGCCGCAUUUGAGGGGAAUGUCCAGGUUAUGAGGUACCUUCUCGACCAUGGCGGCGACCCUGCGAUGCCCGACGAGAAGGGCUCCACGCCUCUGCACUUGGCAGCAGAAGAAGGGCACUGUGAGGCCGUAAGGCUUUUGCUCUCCAAAGGAGUCCGUGUGGACCCUAUUGAUCACCGGGCGACGCCAUUGCACUUGGCUGCUGCAAAGGACCACGAUCAGGUUGUGAAGGUUCUGCUGGGGCUUGGCGCCGAUCCCAACAGAGUUGUUCAUCACGUCUUUUCACCACUCAUGAUGGCUGUCCGUGGCAAGGCCUUGAAAUGCAUGAAUCUACUCAUUGAGGCUGGUGCUGAUGUGAAUGCUCACGGUUACUCUGGACCAACUCCUUUAACGGAGGCUGUUGAUGACGGAUUAACCAACUUUGUCAAAGUCUUACUAGAGGCUGGAGCCGACCCUAACAUCCCUAACCAGCAUGGAGUAAUUCCUAUCGAGCUAGCAGCAGCUCGAGGUCGACGCAAACUUGUUGAAAUUCUCUUCCCUAGGACAAAACCAAUUCGAUCCCUGCUAGAUUGGAGUGUUGAUGGGAUAAUUAGACAUUUUAAUUCUCCAAAUAUCAACCCUCUUCAGGCCGCAGUUUCUGUGAAGGAAAGAAUUGCUGAUCUGAAGUCACAAGGGAAGGAAGCAUUUGGAAAGAAGGACUACAUUGCGGCAAUGUACUUUUAUGGCCUGGUCGUGGAGAUAGACCCAUUUGACGCCACCAUGUUUGCCAACCGGAGCCUCUGCUGGCUGCGAAAGGGUGAAGGGGAUAGAGCUUUGCAAGAUGCGCGGCACUGCAAAAUGAUGAAGCCCGGUUGGUCCAAGGCAUGGUACCGUGAAGGGGCAGCCCUCGGAUUCAUGAAGGACUACGAAGGAGCCGCCGCCGCGUUCCACAGAGCUCUGCAACUCGACCCCAAGAGCAACGAGAUCAAGGAAGCGCUGAGGGAGGCGGUGAAGUCUAUGGAGGAGAUGCAGCACGACUAAGCAACCGGGAUGUCUGUGUGUGUAUAGAAGCGAUCUCUGUAACGAUCGUGCUGUAUAUAUCCCUACUUUGGCUACUACCCUGCUAGUACCGAUAGUUCGGACUGCAGACUGCUCGUACGUUAGAUGAUGUUGCGAUGGACAGUUUCAAACUGUGCGCCAUGAGGGGUCUCAGAUUUUGGUAGGUUGCUGCGAUGACACCUCGCAUUUUGUGAUGGCAUGCAUGUUCAUGUAAAACUGUGACACUCCCAAUAUAAUGAAACUACAUCUGCCA